UGUCACAGUAGUAAGAUAUCAUCAUAUCAUAAAGGCUUAUCCAUCACUUUGAACUUUGAUUAGAUAAACGAGUUAAUGUCAUGGGGAUAGUAAUGUAUGACCUCUGUAUGUCACUGUUUGACGAGUGGCUAACUGUAAAUAUACAGCUAUUAUAAAGACUGAGUGUUUUGCCUAAUUUAUUGGGUUGAACUAACGAACUAGAAAAAUUCUACACAAAAUUAUUAUAAAUUCUAAUUGGCUUUGGAUUGUGCUCGAUUUGGUUUCAUUUCGACAGAUAAAACUGUAUUAUAGUUUUAUAGUGGAUUUUACAUCAUUCAAUUGAUCCAGUUUAAAAGUUGAACAAAGAAUAUUUGAGCAAAAGAUAUUUGAGGCGUGAACUUUUAAAUAUUUUGGUGAAGUGACAUCAGUUAUUGUUGAGUUUGCAGAUGGUUGGUAACAAAGUCAUUAUGAAUAGUAACAGUGGUGACAGUGGAUUAACUAUUAGCUGGGCUAAGGUGUUUUCAAUCAUGUGUGUCACAAGGAAACUGUGUAUAGUAUGCUUCUUAGCUAGCUAUCUACUUUCAUUUUCACCAACCAACUCGGAAACGACACCAAAAAAUGGUCCGCUGCAUAUUCAUGAUCAUGAUGGCUAUCAAAUCGCAGAAAAAUCAAAGGAAGCUAUUGCCAGAUUGGAGAGCAGAUAUUUUGUGACAAAGAUUUUUGAAAAGUAUGGAGGAGCAAAUGGAACCCUUACCUAUGACAUGUUUGAAAAUUUGAUGCUUAAUUUAGGCCUUGGAAAGAAUAAUUCACUGUUCAAGCAGUUAACAAACACCACAGCGAAUGAAACAAAUGAGCACCAGGCAGAGCAUGAUCCACAAAUGGAAAACCAUGAGCAUGAUCACGAAGGCAAUCACAAUCCUAAAGAUCACAAAGACAGCCAUGUGGCUCAUAAUACAAAAGAUCACCAAGAUGAUCAUGGUCAUCAGGAUACUGAAGAUCCCCAAGAACUCCGUGAUCAAGAAGAUGUUACUGAUGACAACCAUGAUCACCAAGGCAGCCAUGAUGACCAUGAUCACCAAGGCAGCCAUGAUGACCAUGAUCACCAAGGCAGCCAUGAUGACCAUGAUCAUCAAGACAACCAUGAUCACCAAGACAACCACAAUCAUGAAAGUGAAGAACAUGUAGGUCAUACUGAAAUUGAUGAAAGUCUAGAUACCACGACGGCUAUUGCUGAAUCAAAAAGAGAAAGUAAAAAAGAUAAGAAACCAGAAAACAGUAGAAAGAAAUCAACCGAUAAAAAGAAAAGAAAGAAGAAAAAGAAAAAUAAGAAAAAGAACUCAGAAAGAAAAAAUAUUCAGAAGCGAUCUGUUGAACAUCAUACUGAUCAUUCUUUGUGUUUAUCAUCAAUGGAAUUAUUAAAAACUUUUCAUUACGAUGAGAGAAAAGGUAUUGACGAAGAUUCUUUCAUAUACCUGUGCCCAGCCUUACUGUUUCAAAUAGAGACUAACAGUUGUCGUAGCAAUACAGGAAAGCGGGACCAUCUUCAUGACAACCAUGACCACGAUCACCACCAUCAUGAUAAAAAUAGUAAUUCCAGUAUUUUAAUGAAUUCAAUUAAAGACAUAAAUAACAUUGCUCCAAAAGUGUGGGGAUAUAGUACCAUAGCUGUUGUGGUGAUUAGUCUAGCUGGUUUGUUUGGUGUGGCUGUUAUUCCAAUAAUGCAGAAAGUCUUUUAUAACCAUCUGCUACAGUUCUUGGUGGCGCUUGCUGUUGGUGCUUUAUCAGGAGAUUCACUUCUUCAUUUACUGCCGCACGCUAUUGGUGGAGGUCAUAGUGCACAAGGUCAUGAUGAUCAUGGACAUGGGGAAGGCAAUGACAGCCAUCUUAAAGCAACUUAUAAAGGUUUAAUAGCACUAACCGGUAUUUUCUUCUUUUUCCUAAUGGAGAGAAUUUUAACUAUUAUGACAGAUCUGAAAAGAAAACGUAAACAAACGAAAAGGUUAAAGAAUCAGACACCACACAAACAAUGUCAGGUCGAGAGUGAUAAGGCCGUUGGUGCCAAAUUAUCAACACAUACAGAUUCUGAUUAUCAGACCUGUGAAGAAAUGGUUAUGAUCGUACAUCCUAAUAAAGAAUCUGCAUAUUUCGAAAAACAAGGCUCAUUACGAAACUUGGCAGACGACACACAUGACAGUUUGUUGCAUGGUCACCAUCAUCAUCAUUCAAGUGGCAGAAUUCCUAAUGACGAUGAAAGUUUUCAUUCCCUUCAUUCUAAUUCCCACCAUGGCCAUGGUCAUUCCCAUGCUAUUUCUGGUGAUGUGAAGUCCCAGUCGAUAGCAGCGAUUGCAUGGAUGGUUAUCCUGGGAGAUGGUAUACAUAAUUUUAGCGAUGGUUUAGCGAUAGGUGCAGCGUUUGCUAACAGCAUUACUGGUGGUGUUAGUACUUCCAUAGCAGUCAUGUGUCAUGAACUGCCCCAUGAAAUAGGUGAUUUUGCGGUGUUAUUACGAGCGGGUAUGAAUAUAAAGCAAGCUAUAAUGUACAACUGUGUGUCAUCCAUUCUCUGUUUUAUUGGAAUGUUUAUAGGCGUGGCACUAGGAAAUUUAAAUGAGGCAUCAUUAUGGAUAUUUGCCUGUGUUGGCGGAAUGUUUCUUUAUAUAGCGCUAGUAGAUAUGUUACCAGAAAUGACUUCCGUAGAAACGAAGCAUGGUGAGAAUCCGUACUGUCAUUUAGUGUUUCAGUGUGCCGGUAUGGUUCUCGGUGCAGGGAUCAUGCUUGUUAUCGCCAUCUAUGAACCAGAUUUACUCUCCGCUCUCGAUCGCCAAUAGUUCCGUGCACAGAAAUCGUGUCUUGUCUCAGCAUUUGUUUAUUAGAAGUGAGAAAUGCUUUAUUGGUGCGCUCUUAAAGGGCAAGUUGUUAUUAUUCCAUGUAUACUUCAGUGAAAGAAUGUGGUAUGAGGGUUAAUGUCUACUGCCAUCCUGGUUAAUCCAGACGAACUCUGUGUGUGUGCUUGUAUAUCCAGAUAUCCAGACAUAUUUUAUAGAGGACCAAAUAGCUCUGUUGCUACAAACAUCAAUGUUAUUGUUAAAACAUUAUAUAACUGUAUAAUUUUUAAGGAGUUUUACAGAAAAUAUCCAAGGAAGUGGAUAGUGAAUUUUUUUGUUUUUGUUGUUGAUGAAAUACUCAUGUAUGUUUACAAGGAAUCUUUUAGAAGAACUUUAUUUUUGUACGGCAGACAUUUUUCCAGUUUUACUUGCACUAAAAUGAGAGAGGUUGGGUGGCUGAAUGGUUAACACAAUGGAUCAGAAGGUCUGUCAUUGAGUCAAGUGGUGUGGUGUUGAUUCUCUGCUUGUACGUGACAAGGAGUUUUUUUCCGGGUUCUCUGGUUUCCUCCCACUGUUAAAGACCCCUACGCGUAAGCGAAAUAUUGAAAUAAAAUUGAACCAUAAGUUAGUCCCGAAAUAACCUACCGGUAGUUUGUGUCGAGUGGAGGUUAAAACUCAUUCUCUGCACUAAAAUGAGUUUAAUCUACUGAACGGAAUGUGGCCAGCCUGUAUUUUAUAUAUUAAAGUCUCAGAUCGUCUUCUUUGAUUGGCAUUUAGUAAUUAAAAAAUAUUAACACAAGGUACAAUUUUAUGGAUACACAAUUACUGAGUUUAAUACUAAGCGAUAAAGUUUAAUGCUAAGCGUCGGGGGGUUGGAUGGCUGAAUGGUUAGCACAUGCGCUGUAUCAUGAAGUCUGUCAUUGAGUCAACUGGCGUGGUUUCGAAUCCCGGGUUGUACGUGACAAGGAGUAGGGUCGUCUGUCGAACCUCGUGGGUUUUCUCCGGGUCCUCCUGUUUCUUCCGAAUGCUAAAGACCCCUACGCGCAAGCGAAGUAUGGAAAUAAAAUUGAACCAUGUUAGUCCCAAAAUGACCUAGUUUGUGUCGAGUGGACGUUAAACCCGAUCUCUCUCUCUCUCUCGUUGAAAUGUCACUUAGCAUUAAACUCAGUAAUUGUGUAACCAUAAAAUUGUACCUUGUGUUAUCUGAUAUUCAUUUCAGGGAUGUUGAAUCCCUUGCAAACUACCGGCAUAGUAUUGUGAGAGUUGAAUCUCUAAAUGGAAUAUCAGGCCAAAAAUGCCGACAUUCUGCAUUGACUGUAUAAGUAUAAGUCAGUGCCCCCUAUCAAUUAUCUACCAUUGUUAUUUUGAUUUUGUUUUAUAAGUUAGAUGUUAAAUUGUAAGAUUAGAUAAUGAGCUGAACAGUUCUUGCUAUAAUAGUUAAAAAAUAGAUAAUGAAAACGGAAUAUAUUGAAACUUUUAGUCAAAUUACUUCACUCUGAGCCUAGUUAUCAGUGAAUCAAUUACAGUCAUUGCUGCAGUUGUUAUUAUAAUAAACAAAGUCUCGAUUAUCUAUUUUUACGGUAACUUUAUUAACCGCAAAACAUAUUUAAAUAUACUUAAUAUCUAAGCCAUCCGAUGGCAUCAAGAGUUGAUUAUAGUCUUGUCAUGUUGAUUAAUGUCUAAUUAUUAUUUAUAUAACAUUUGAAGCCUAAUGAAUGACCUGCAAGAUCUAGGUCUUGAAUAAUGCGUGUUUAAAUAAUCUGUCAUUAGAUAUCUUCCCAAAAAUACACAAAUAAUGAUCAUUGACUUUAAAAAUAAAAAAAUAUCUUAGAAGUUUUUAUGAAGAAAAUAAAUGUAAUUAAUUCCCUUUUAUCAUAUUCAAAAAUAACCUUAGAUUACAGAAGUUUAAUUGAAUAACUCUAAACUUGCUUGCUUGGAUUCAAGGCAUUACAGAAGAUACAGAAAUAGAAAUUUAAUUCAGAAUAACUGUAAACUCAGCCAAUUACAGUAAAUCCUGGGUCUUGCCUGCUUUGAUUCAAGGCAUUGUUUAAGAAACUCUGCUGAAGUUUUUGUUUCAGCAGUAUUCAUUUUGAAAAUAUUUUACAAUCUACAUGCAUAAAGAAUCGGAUAACAAAAACCAGCGAAGGAAGCAUAUAUGUCAUAGAUGGAUUGGCAGAUAUGUCUCAAAUGGUUCAUAUCAUUUUUGAACACUCUUUGCAUAACUGUUAAUUCACUGUAAAUCAAAAUCGAUUUUUCUUACCGAGUAAGAUUUACAUUUCUAUCUUUUUUUUUUUUUAUAUAAGCCACCUAAAUUUUGGAACAUAUUUUACAAAUUGCAUGUAGAUUGAAAAUUGAAAGUUUGUAAUAUUGUUAAUUAUUCUAGCUUCAUUUGGAAACAGACAUUCAGAAAUGUUCUUAUCUCCCUUGGAGCAUACAAAAUGAAGUGCUUUUUGGACUUUGCAAGGAAUGAUUUGCGCUUUUGUUGCUUAAAACUUAUGCAUCUGCCAAAAAUGCAAAAAAGAACAAUACUCCUUUGACAAAUGUCAAAUAUUGAAUUUUAUGGAAACCAAAAGUGCUUUAUUUUAGUUAUUUUUAUUUUAACUGAAAUGUAUGGAUUUACACAUGUGCUGUAGUUAUUUUAUGCCCAAUUUUUAUUUAGAAAUGUAUUCUAUGAUAAACCCAUUGUUACCUGAACAGCCUGAACCUGCUUGACACUACUGCUCCCUCUAGCCCCUCACAGUUCUGGGGGUUGGAGGCCGAAUGGUUUAAAGUGUGCCAUUGAGUCCAGUGGCGUAGUUUCGAUUGCCCGCUCGACAAGGAGUAUGACCAUCUGUGCAACCUUGUGGGCUUUCUCUGGGUCCUACAGCUAAAGACCAUAUAAAAUUGAACCUAUAUGUUAGUCCCGAAAUGACCAAGUUUGUGUUGAGUGACUGCUAAUCUCCAUUCCCCCUUCCCACCCCCCACCCCCACCCCUACAAAAAAGUUUUGUGACUAGAGCAGUUUAGGGAGCAGUACUUUUGGAUGGUUUGGACGAUGGGCAACAAUACUCUAAUGUCAAAAAUACAAUUUCUCCCUAAUUUUUUCUGGGAACUGCAUGAAGUCGUCUAUAUUUAUCUGUACUAGAUGUUAAAUGUACAAUUGAAUAGUCCCAUACCUUCUUUAAUUUAUUGAAAAUGUCAGAAUUCUUAUUUAUAUGUCUCUAUAAAAAGUUAAUGUGUAAUUGAAUGGGGUUUAUAACGUUGAACUAUUUACAAGUAGUACAAGCAAGGGAAAAUGUCUAGUUAUUCGGAUGGGGCGGAAAACUGUCUGGGCAAAAUUUCUCUCAUAGCACAUUAUAUGGCGUAUGCCCAUCUUCAUUGAACUAUUUACAAAUACUCUGGGAGCUGCGUUAGCUUGCUAGCCUAGGAACGAUGUAUAGUCAUUCGGAUGGGAUGGAAAACAGUCUGGGCAAAAUUUCUCUCAUAGCACACUAUAUGGUGUAUACCCAUCUUCAUUAAUAUGAUGUUAAACCCCAUUUCAUUUCACAAAUACUCUGUGGUAAUAAUUUUGUAUUUGACAUUUAAACCUUUUUGUUUUUUUCACAAAUAGAUGUUACUGAGAAUAUAAAAUGACGAUUUUGUCAAUAUGUUUUCAGUAUAAAUCCAUGCUUAUUUCACUAGCCGAGGUAUUAUUGUAGACUAGCCUAUUUUUUAAAAUCAAAUUCUGAUUGAGAAGUGUAUCAAAUUAUCAACGAUAAUUAUUUUAUAUUUGUUAUGUUUAUGUUUUCAGCAUUUAGUCAAUAGUGUGCUUAGAAAUGUGUUUAAUUCUUCUAGCUACGAAUGUUUCAUAUCCACUGAUCCAAUUAUUUAGUAUAAAUUUCAUUAGCACAUGAAAAAUAGUAUAUAUUGGAUGGAAAUACAGGGGGUUUUCCCUAUCUAGAGUGUGAACUGAUUCUCGAUUCAUGUGAACUAGAGUACAAUGUUGUUUUAUGCACAGGAUGCAACGCCAUGGAAUACAAUUACUGUGGGUUUGUGACCUUUAAUGUUAUUAGCGAAUUUUAAAAAAAAAAAUUCUAUCUCACUUAUAGGCCCAAAACCAGGGCUCAUUCUGUUGAUCGCCAAAAUCAUAAUUUUGGAUACAAAAAUUAAAGUAGCAAUUAAAAUUUGAUUUUGGCGAUAAUUCUAGUUUUAUCUUUCUGUGCCCCCUUAAAAGCAAAAGCAAACUGGUAUACAUAUAUAUAAAUAUUUAUUUUUGUAUUGUAAGUGCAUGAUGUAUGGUCGAAGUGCUUACAUGAUAUUAAAUAAAACGGUCUUGUGAUGUUAUAAAUAAAUAUUGCUAUUAAACAC